ACGAUCUGACACGCCAGAUCGGUUCUGUUUGUUUUUUAUUAAAGUAUCUUGAUAUCUUCAACAUGAACUCUGCAAAGAAAUAUAUUAUUUUCAUAUUUCCCAUCCUGAAUUAUGGAAUUAUGAUCGUGUGCAGUCUUUGUUCGCCUAUUAAAGGGGCGUCAGACGUACGGCUCAUGGGCCCGGACCGGCCAGAUAGAGGUUCUACGGUGGCGGAGUGGUUAGCGUGUUUGCCGCACACCUCCAGGGUCGAGGCUUCGAUUCCUGCCGCGGCCCUGUGUGCGAGGAGCUUGCAUGUCCUCCCCAUGCUUCAGGGGUUUCCUCCGGGUACUCCGGUUUCCUCCCCCAGUCCAAAGGCCUGCACUGUAGGCUGAUUGGCGUGUCCAAAAGUGUCUGUCGUGUGUGUGAUUGUGUGAUUGUGCGAUGGACUGGCGCCCUGUCCAAGGUGUCCCCUGCCUUGUGCUCCAGGUUCAACGAGACCCAGUAAGGAUAAGCGGUACAGAAAAUGGAUGGAUGGAUUAAAAAAAAGCUAGUCUGUUACUCCACUAGGGGGCGAAAUAGAGCGAUGAUGAUAAUAAUAAUUAAGCAAUAAAAACAAGCAGUGAUUCUUCAUUAGCAAGCAGAAAAAAUGCUACGCUUUAACCACGUCUUGAAUACUUACGAGAUCACAAUCGCUUUUUUAAUUUGUAAAUUGUUUUGCAAACUAUAUAGAUUUCAGACGCCACUUCAAUAGUAUAACCUUUAAAUAAAUGUUGAUAAAUGAACACUUUAAAAGAAGUUGUUGAAGUCUCCUAAACGGGUUUAUUUUGGAGCGUUAUGUGGCCUGUUAACUAAAAUGAGUUUGAUGUCGCUGACCUGUAAUGUACGACGCACACGAAUGUUGCAUUAUCCUUUUUGGUGGCUGCUCUCUUUUGACAGUGAUGCUCCACAGGAAUAAAAAUAAGAGGCCUAUUAGGCAUAAUAAUAAUAAUAAUAAUCAUCAUCAUCAUCAUCAUCAUCAUCAUCAUCAUCCUGAGAGGGGAUUAGUACCAAGUAGCAUUAGUACUCGUUCUUACAGAGGAUGCUGUCAGAUUGAGUUAUUGUUAGACCUUCAGGACCUGCAAAAGGAAAUACAUUCUAUGAAUUUACUCUGAAUAACUCCAGCAAAUAAUUAUUUAUAUUUACCAACACCUCCUGACAAUUAGCCUUACGACAUUACUUCUUUAAAUCGGGUAGGACACGUGAAGCAGAGGAAGUCUCUCUUGUCCUGAUUAAAGCUGUUCGUCCUGAGGGUCAGUAACGUGUGGAGCACGUGUGUAGUUUAAUAAUCAUUUAGCCUGACGUAUCUGGAGGCUUGACGUGUCAAAUGAUCCUUUAAUCGGGAAGCAAGAAAAACAAUUUCACACACGACUGACUUGACAAUAAAACAGCACACACCAAACAGUCAAAAUGAGGUAGGAGUUAGAACGCAGUCACAGUCAUCUGCGGAGAUAAUGACCAGAUCGUUGUUGGAAUCCACGCAGACUGAUGCGCUGUUUGUCAGAUCGCUGCCUCCUCGUCGAAUGUUGGAACAGUAUAUAAACAUAAAAUGGCUCAAAGAAAAAUGAAAUGCUAUAAUUGCUGAAUAAUGCCAAAGUGCUCAACUUCACAGCUCCGCUUCCUAACUGUGUAAAACAUAUGUUGAAUAAGAAAAAUGUGCUUCAAUGCACAGUGUUGAAACCUUCCUGCUGCGAUACUUCAACCAUGAUUAUUUGAUGAAAGCGCAAGGUCUCAGUUUCGGUCUCUGCUGUUCUGCACCUGACCUGACGUGCUCAAUAAUUCAGCAGGCCGGGGAAGAAUGAAUGAAGUCUCUACACCGUACUGCGAGCGCCGACGGCAGGGUGUUCGUACUUCUCAAGCCAGGCGUAUAUCAUCAAAAACAACCUCUGAGGAAACAUGGAGGAGUGCUCGAAGAAGACAGGGCCGAGACACGAGGGUAAGCCGAGGAAGGUGAGGUUCAAACUGGCGUCGUCGUACAGCGGCCGCGUGCUGAAGCACGUCUACGAGGACGGCCAGGAACUGGAUAGUCCUGAGGAGAAGUACCCUCACAGCUUCAUCCACACAAAGAUCCCUCAGCACCUGGACGUAGAGCAGCUCUGCAGCUUUGAGGAGGUCCAGGGUGAGGAUGUAGGUCCUCCUACGGGACUGAUAGCCCAGCGCAUCAACGUGUACCGAGCAGUGAGUGGCUUCAGACCGUUAACAUCCAGCGAUCAACAAGGUGAAAAAGCGCCAAUUUUAGACUUCGAAAAGAUCAUCAUCUAUACCAGCAACCUGAAGAUCAUCCGAUCUCCUAGUAAAAAAGCUGAGAGUGGUGUAAGCUACCAUCACGGUCGGGGAGAAGGACGAGAGGUUUCUCCAGGCCGUGGGCCCAGAUCCAAAGGGCGACACAGAACAAAAAGUGUCCGUAAGGAGGAACGAUGUCCUGCUCCUGAGGAAGAGGAAACAGGCGGCUGUGAGCAGUGUGGAGGUUCGGGUACCGCUCCGUGUUCCCUGUGCCAUGGUAGUAAGCUUUCCAUGUUGGCCAACCGCUUCAACGAGUCUAUCCGAGAGUUACGCUGCCCGGCCUGCGAUCCCCACGGCUUAGAGCCAUGUCAGUCGUGCGUCCAGUAGACUUCUACAUACUGUGCAGUUCUAACGAAGGCCCUGGACUGCUAUUAUGGACAGUAUGACGAGGUCUGGCAUUACAAGAUGGAACCUGAGUGUGGAGUUCUGACCAGGAAUUACAUUUAAUAACGAUGAUAAGAGAGAAAUGUUUUAAGAAUCCAUUACUGUGAUGAAGAAAACAUUGAGGAGAGAAACUGACCCGAAUCAGACCUGAACUUAUCGUCAGCACGAGGUUCUGUGUGUCAGGGAUUCAUAUAUAUUAAGUCUUAAAUGAUAUUUACCUUAGAAUACCUUUACCUAAAAUAUUUGCUUUGUUGUUCCGAAAGUGUCACCUGUCCCAGGAGGUGAUUUUGUUACGUAUCGGGAUGGAAGGACAGUUUUGGUUUUCUCAUGAGAUAUGGACGUGAUCACAUAUUUGGCCAAUAAAUAAAUAAAACACAAUCGCUUGUUAUCUUCUUUUAAUAUGACCGUAGGGAUGUUGUGUACUAAUAAAGAUUUUCACCCUGAGAGAAUUCCUACUGAGAUUUAUUUUAGGAU